ACAUGGCUACCACCGUAGGAAGUUUGGAAGCCGGUGUCGGCUCUGGAAGGAUGUGGACACUUUUGCUUGCAUUGCUGGCUCUCCUACCAAAUGUAUUUGCUGGGGCAGACUCAAAAGCUGUCACAACAACACUUACUACAAAGUGGCCUUCCACCCCCCUCCUCUUAGAGGCCAGUGAAUUCCUGGCUGAGGAAAACCAGGACAAGUUCUGGGAUUUUGUGGAAGCCAAUCAGUAUAUUGAAAAUGAUGAACAUGAUGGCACGGAUCUGUCCUACUAUGGGCUGAUCCAGAAGCGAGCCCAGCCUCUGCUCAGCCCAGUGCAGCUGAACCUACUGAAGUUCGCCCUAUCUCUCAGAGCGUACUCCUCCACUGUGCACUCCUUCCAGCAGAUUGCAUCCAAUGAGCCCCCUCCAGCAGGCUGUCCUGCUUUCUUUAAUGUCCAUGGAGAGAAGAGUUGUAACACAGAGCGCUUGAAAGACCUGUUGGACACUGCAUUAGAACGGCCAAAGCCAUAUCUUUUCAAAGGAGACCACAAAUUCCCCUCGACCAACCCAGAGGCUCCUGUAGUCAUCCUAUAUGCUGAAAUGGGGACCAGUGAGUUCUCCAGGUUACACCAGCUGAUGCUCUCCGAAGCCAACAAGGGUCUGAUUGUCUACGUCUUGCGCCAUUUUGUUGCCAAUCCCAGCAAGAAUAAAGUGUACCUGUCUGGCUAUGGGGUCGAACUCGCCAUUAAAAAUCAGGAAUACAAAGCCAAGGACGACACUCAGGUCCAAGGAGGGGCUGAAACCAAUGCUACCCUGUUCGGAGAGAGAGACGGCGUUGAUGAAGUCCAGGGUUUUCUCUUUGGCAAACUACGGACUAUGUAUCCUGACUUGAAGGAACAGCUGAGAGAACUCAGGAAACACCUGGUAGAGAGUACCAAUGAAAUGGCUCCCCUCAAAGUGUGGCAGAUGCAAGAUCUCAGUUUCCAGACGGCGGCACGAAUCCUGGCUGCGCCAGCAGCUGACGCGCUCACCGUGAUGAGGGAUCUGAGCCAGAACUUCCCCACCAAGGCCAGGUCUAUCACUAAGACGGCUGUGAGCGCAGAGAUGCGCAAAGAAGUUGAAGAAAACCAAAAGUUCUUCAAAGGCACUCUGGGUCUGCAGCCAGGAGAGUCGGCCUUCUUCAUCAACGGCCUCCACAUUGAUCUGGACGCGCAGGACAUCUUCAGUGUGUUUGAGGUGCUGCGUAACGAGGCUCGCGUCAUGGAGGGUCUGCGCAGCCUUCUCAUCGACACACCCUUCAUCCACGACAUCCUCAAGCUCAACGUCCAGCCCUCCGACUCCGACUACGCCGUAGACAUCCGCAGCCCCGCCAUCAAUUGGAUCAAUAACCUGGAGACGGAUCGGAGGUACGCCGGGUGGCCCUACAACGUGCAGGAGCUGCUGCGGCCCACUUUCCCCGGGGUCAUCCGCCAGAUCCGCAAGAACUUCCACAACCUGGUGAUCCUCCUGGACCCCAACCAUGAGAACUCUGCAGAGCUGCUGAGUGUGGCUGAGAUGUUCUACAGCAACAACAUCCCUCUCAGGAUCGGUGUGGUGUUUGUGGUGAGCGACGAGGAUGACGUGGACGGCAUGCAGGACGCUGGAGUGGCCAUGCUGCGAGCCUUCAACUACAUCGCCGACGAGGUGGACAACCAGCAGGCCUUUGACGCCAUCAUCAGUAUGCUGACCAAGGUCCCCAAGGGUGGGCAUCUGAAGGUGGAGCAUGUGGUGGGGGUCCUGGAGAAGAGCUACCCCUAUGUGGAGGUCUCCAGCAUCCUGGGCGCUGACUCCGCCUACGACAAAAACAGGAAGGAGGGCAAGGCCUACUUUCAGCAGACUGGCGUGGGUCCCCUGCCAGUGGUGCUGUACAACGGCAUGCCCUACCAGAGGGAGCAGCUGGACCCAGACGAGAUGGAGACCGUCACCAUGCAGAAGAUCCUGGAGACCACCACCUUCUUCCAGAGGGCCGUCUACCUGGGGGAGCUGGCCAGUGACCACGAUGUGGUGGACUUCAUCAUGAACCAGCCUAACGUGGUCCCGCGCAUCAAUUCCAGGAUCCUGUCCACCAGCAGGCACCACCUGGACCUCUCCCACACCAACAACCAUUUCAUCGAUGACUACGCCCGCUUCCUGGUCCUGGAUACGAGAGAGAAGAACACGGCGGUGGCCAACAGCAUGAACUACAUGACAAAGAAAGGCAUGUCCUCCAGGGAAUCUUCUGAUGAUGGCAUCAUCCGGCCAGUGACGUUCUGGGUGGUGGGCGACUUUGAUCAGCCUUCAGGCAGACAGCUGCUGUACGACGCCAUCAGGCACAUGAAAUCAAGUAACAAUGUCCGGCUGGGCAUGAUCAACAACCCCAGCGAGAACCCCUCCAACGAGAGCAGCCGCAUCGCUCGCGCCAUCUGGGCAGCCAUGCAGACUCAGACCGCCAACAACGCCAAGAACUUCAUCACCAAGAUGGCCAAGGAGGAGACCGCUAAAGCCAUACACGCUGGGACAGACAUCAACGACUUUGCUGUUGGGGGCAUGGAUGUGUCUCUGUUUGAGAGCGCCUACGCCGGCCCCAAGGUGGACUUCCUGCUGUCCCAUGCUGCCUACUGUCGGGAUGUCCUCAAGCUGCAGAAGGGUCAGAGGGCCGUCAUCAGCAAUGGACGGAUUAUUGGUCCUCUGGAGGAAGGGGAGGUCUUUAAUCAAGAUGACUUCCUGCUAUUAGAGAGCAUCAUCUUGAAGACGUCUGGAGAGCGAAUCAAGACUAUCGUCCAGAGACUCGGCGUGGAAGAGGACAGGGCCAGUGAUUUGGUGAUGAAAGUGGACUCUUUGCUGUCGUCUCAGCCCAAAGGCGAGGCCAGGAUGGAGUAUGGCUUUGCCGAUGACCGAUACAGUGCUGUGAAGAUCAGGCCCAGAGAGGAUGAAGUGUACUUUGACGUGGUUGCCGUGGUGGACCCCGUGACCAGAGAUGCCCAGAAGCUGGCGCCUCUGCUCCUGGUGCUGAAGCAGCUGGUCAAUGUCCACCUGCGCAUCUUCAUGAACUGCCAGUCCCGACUCUCCGACAUGCCGCUGAAGAGCUUCUACCGCUACGUGCUGGAGCCGGAGUUGAGCUUCCAGGCGGAUAACAGCCUAUCGCUGGGGCCCAUGGCCAAGUUCCUGGACAUGCCCCAGUCGCCCCUCUUCACCCUGAACAUCAACACCCCCGACAGCUGGAUGGUGGAGUCGGUCCACACGCGCUACGACCUGGACAACAUCUACCUGGAGGAGGUGGACAGUGUUGUCCCUGCGGAGUAUGAGCUGGAGUACCUGCUGCUGGAGGGCCACUGCUUUGACGUGAGCACAGGGCAGCCCCCCCGUGGCCUGCAGUUCACCCUGGGCACGGCCAGCAACCCCGUCAUCGUGGACACCAUAGUCAUGGCCAACCUGGGCUACUUCCAGCUCAAGGCUAACCCAGGAGCCUGGGUCCUGAAACUCCGCAAGGGCAGAUCUGAAGACAUCUACAAGAUCUACAGCCACGAUGGCACCGACUCCCCGGCCGACGCUGAUGAUCUCAUCGUGGUCCUCAACAACUUCAAGAGCAAGAUCAUCAAAGUGAAGGUCCAGAAGAAGCCGGAGAAGAUGAACGAGGAGCUCCUGAGCGAUGGCACCCACGAGAACGACUCGGGAUUCUGGGAGUCUCUCACACGAGGCUUCACGGGAGGCAGCAAAGCGGACGAGAGCAAGCAGGAGAAGGACGACGUCAUCAACAUCUUCUCCGUGGCCUCAGGGCACCUGUAUGAACGCUUCCUCAGGAUCAUGAUGCUCUCCGUGCUGAAGCACACAAAGACGCCCGUCAAGUUCUGGUUCCUGAAGAACUACCUGUCCCCAGCAUUCAAAGAGUUCAUCCCUCACAUGGCCGAGGAGUAUGGCUUCCAGUACGAGCUGAUCCAGUACAAGUGGCCCCGCUGGCUGCACCAGCAGACGGAGAAGCAGCGCAUCAUCUGGGGCUACAAGAUCCUCUUCCUGGACGUGCUCUUCCCCCUGGCCGUGGACAAGAUCCUCUUUGUGGACGCUGACCAGAUUGUGCGCACUGACCUGAAGGAGCUGCGUGACUUUGACCUGGAGGGGGCGCCGUACGGCUACACCCCCUUCUGUGAGAGCCGCAGGGAGAUGGACGGCUACCGCUUCUGGAAGUCUGGCUACUGGGCCAGCCACCUGGCCGGACGCAAGUACCACAUCAGUGCCCUGUACGUGGUGGACCUAAAGAAGUUCAGGAAGAUUGCUGCAGGGGACCGUCUGAGGGGACAGUACCAGGGACUCAGUCAAGAUCCCAACAGUCUCUCUAACCUGGACCAGGAUCUGCCCAACAACAUGAUCCACCAGGUCCCUAUCAAGUCCCUCCCUCAGGAGUGGCUGUGGUGUGAGACCUGGUGUGACGACUCGUCCAAGAAGAAGGCCAAGACUAUCGAUCUGUGCAAUAACCCCCAGACCAAAGAGCCCAAGCUCCAGGCGGCCGUGCGCAUCGUGGCCGAGUGGAGUGACUACGACAAGGAGGUGAAGCGCUUCUACAGAAAGUUCCAGACGGAUAAGGAGAGUGGAGGGAGCAGCACAGAGGAGAACCAGAGCGCACACAAAGAUCCUGGCCCACAUAUUGAACUGUGAGCACAGCCCUUACAGUUGAGGAAGACUCGACUCUGUUUAAAGAGUUGCUUGCUUGUUUUUUUUUUUUUUUUAACUGAAGCCAAUUCUCAUGGAACAUGGAUGCUGUUUGAGCUGAGAGACUUGAUCCAAAAAAGAAGAAACAUCUAUUCGUCUUUGGUUUGUGAUUAGCUAAGGUGUAGGGUUGUAGGCAUGAGGUCGCCUAGUGUUUGGGAGACGAGAGAGAUCUGGGGUCAGAGUUCAUAUUGAGAGAAUUGAUCACAUCUUGCCUCAGUGGUACGUCCCACACUCUCUCAUUUAGAGUUUUUUGACUUGAGAGCCCCAGGUAUAUGCACACACACACACACACACACACACACACACACACACACACACACACACACACACACACACACACACACACACAUUGAUUUGAUUGUGAUUUAUUUGUUGCACACAGAAUGCUUUUGUGAUUAGUUGUUAAAAUAUUUCCAGUAAGUAAAUUUGUAGUACGUUGUGUGUGUGUGUGUGUGUGUGUGUGUGUGUGUGUGUGUGUGUGUGUGUGUGUGUGUGUGUGUGUGUGUGUGUGUGUGUGUGUGUGUGUGUGUGUGUGUGUGUGUGUGUGUGUGUGUGUGUGUGUGUGUGUGUGUGUGUGAGUGAGAGAGAGAGGGUGUGAGUGUGUAUCUGCACAUGUGUGGUGGGACCAUGGAGUAGUAGUUUGUAUCUCCCCUGCAUUACCUCACAUGAGUAGAGCCAUUGAGUGAGUGUGUGUGUGAGAGCGAGAGAGAGAGAGAAUUUAUCUCUGUGUGUUUGUGUAUGUUUGUGAUGUCUUUCAGACUUUCAAAGAGAAAAGAAUACAACACAUUUGUAUACAUAAACCAUUAUACCACUGUUCCAUCUGCCUCAUGAAGCCACCCCUCAUGUAGAAUAGUGUCGGACUCAGGGAGGAACACAUAGGCCUGUCACAAGCAUGGACAACAUGAGAACCAGUGGGAUUUGACUCCAAAUGCAAUGUGUAUCAGGCCCUUGCAGAAAAUUUCCAGUGCCACUUCUGAAGCAUUCAGUUGAAGCCACUACUGUACAUAUGUUUUCAUUACUGCUAGGAUUUAGGGGUCAAAGCCACAUGUUUCAGAGACCAGAUCACAGCACUGGGUUGUUGGCUGGCGGCUAACUGUCUUGCUCGUCCCACAGCUCUGUGUUUUCUGAUGAAAUGUAUACAGGAAGGGGGCAACCGAGUCUCCUAAUGGAAGUUCCCUUUCAACAAAGCACAGUUCAGAAACACUGAAGUCUCAAGGCUCAAGUUAGUUUCUCCUGAACCAGCAGGUAGUGAAUGGCAUCCUCUACUGGCACCAGUCAGAAUUACAUGAAUAAAACAAAAGAAAUAAUACUUUCCAAAUGGGAUGGAUUGUAUUAUCCUCCUCUAUUUCGGCUGAUGUCUUUGGAUAUGUUAUUCUGUUUGAGGAGAGUGAUUGGUCAUGAUUUAAGGUUUCCUCUUUAAUUGUCAUCACAGCCAUAAAGCAAUCCGCAUCUGAAACAGGUUUGCGGGACAAACAGUCCCAUAACAGCCCACUCCACAGUCCACUGCUCCUGCCUGUGUGUAGAGGCUGGCUGCUCUUCUGGGGGCACUUGGCCACUUGGCUGAUGCUGUUAUGAACUCUCUCCCAUCCCUUGAGAGGUUUCAUUUGUGUUUCCCCCCAAAUGCCUUUCUGAGAGACGGCGCAGUUGGUGAAGAGCAGAUUGUGCUGUACUUUGUGCCUUUUCCUGUAAGGAAGAGAGGAGGUGCAAAGGCCCCUUUGGCCAUCAUGCUGUUAGACUGGUAUGUGUGUGUUUUUCUGCUGUUCUCUGUUGGGUAUGGGUCAAUCAAUCUGCGGGAUAAAAAAAAAAAGCAGACUACUUUUUAGUCACUUGUGGACUUUUGUUUGAUUCUAAGAUUGUAUGAAGUGAAUUAUGGCAUAUCAAUAUUUUGUAAUAAAAUACAAUUACCAAACACAA